CCCAGAACGAUCGCGGAAGCAGUAAUAACACGAAAUCCUCACACGACCUCUCCGAUCAACACCGUCACCUUCCCCAAACUACACCUUCUACAUUUGAUCCUUACACACGAUACAAGAUGUCUUUCCUCUUCGGUGGCCGCCCCCAGCUCUCGUCCGAGCAGAAGAUCGCAACAGCAGAGGCUGAAAUCGACAUGGUUUCUGAUAUGUACAGCCGUCUCCUAAAGUCCUGCUCCGCAAAAUGUAUCGACACAUCGUACCGCGAAGCCGAUCUGAACAAGGGGGAGUCCGUCUGCCUCGACCGCUGCGUAUCCAAGUUCUUCGAGGUCAACGUCAAGGUCAGCGAGAAGAUGCAGGGCGAGGCCCAAGGCGGGCAGGGAUUCCGCGGUGGUAUGUAAAAUGCCAGAAUGACACUUCGAGACGGAGAACCCGGUAUGGCAAAGGCGGAUAAGAUGACGGACGCUGAGAUGGGAUAACGAGAAUUGGCGGACACCGCGUAACCGCAAGGGAUCUAUACUCUCCUCGAUUCGGCGCGCUUCACUACGACAUUGGUCACGGCCGAUAUGGGCUUGUAUAAUAUGUUUAUCAUAUGGGUCAUUGGGUUGGAUAGCAUGGAAUGGAAUGAUUUACAUGGCAUUGGGUUCGUUGGGCAGGGAUGGUUCCACUGCAAGAAUGUGCUUCAACACUCGGCUCAAGCAGACAGAUAUCGGUGCGCAGAACUUGGGACGAUUCGAGGCCUGCAAUACGCCAAAGCGCAAUCAGAAGCCAUCGGAGCAAGUCGAGUCAACUUUUAGUGGUUCGCCCAGCCCAGCAAUGCUAACAAGGACAAGCCAAAUCUUCCCAAACAAAUCAAUCGUACAUUG